GGCCGGCAGCGGCCAAGCCGCGUCCUCAGGGCUCUCCCGUCCCGGGCAGCCGCUCCGGGAGUUCCGUGCCCGGCUAUGGAGCUGUGGCAGGUGCCGCUGAGCUUCUCCCGCCUCCGCAUGUUCCCUUUCUUCGACCUGGCGCAUUAUGUCGCCUCCGUCCUGGCGCUGAAGGAGCAGCGGGGAGUUGUGGAAGUGUCGGUCCGAAGUCCCUUGGCCUGCUGGUUUAGUGCAAUGCUUUAUUGCUUUGGGGGCUCAGUUUUGUCCUCCUUGAUGCUUGGUGAACCUCCAGUAGCAUUUCUGGGAAAGACCAUAAAUAUUCUACUGGCAUCCUCAGUCUGGUAUCUAGUGUUUUACUGUCCAGAAGACAUAUUCUGCCGCUGCUUUUCCUUUCUGCCUCUUCGUCUUCUGGUGGCAGGAAUGAAAGAAGUGACAAGGACUUGGAAGAUCACAGAUGGCAUUGCACAUGCAGAAAAUGUCUACAAAGAUGCCUGUCUUAUCAUGGUGGCUGUGGGCUGGGCCAGAGGUGCUGGUGGUGGCUUAAUUUCCAACUUCGAGCAGCUGGUGAGAGGAGUGUGGAAACCUGAAACCAAUGAGCUCCUGCAGAUGUCCUACCCUGUGAAGGUAACUUUGAUAGGAGCAGUUCUUUUCACCCUGCAACACAGACAGUACUUGCCAAUAGCAAAACACAACCUUGUGUUUUUAUACACCAUCUUUCUUGUUGUCUUCAAGGUAAAAAUGAUGUUGACAAGAUGUGCAACUUCUCCAUUUGCUCCCAUUGAGUCUGCAGUGUGCCAAAUGUUUUUUGGCUCACAAAAGACACCUUCCAAAGUGAAGGGUGAAAGUGCCACAUCUUCCAACGGCUCUUCAGUCUGUGACCAGCCUUCUGAGCAACAUCAUGAGGGUGCUAAGAAAAAACAAGCAAAGAAAACAGAAUAAGUGACUUGAAAUCCUUGAGAUGGUCGUGAAGAUGUAUGUCUUCCAGAUAAGGCUGGCUGAGAAUUUUCUCUAAGGAAAGGAGAACAGGGCUAUGUUGUGGUUUGCCUUUUUGGGAUGUUUUAUAUAAGCUAUGUGUAAGUGCACAUGUUGGAUUUGUGAGUUAAAACUAUGAACUUUUAUAGUGUUUAAAAGUUUACUAAUUUUUGUACUUACGACAACUUCAGAUGCUUACAUGUUAAAAAGAUAGUUUCAAAAAUGUGACAAUCAUAUUUUUUUUCCUACUGUAUCGAUUGUUUCACGUCUUCCUAUCCCCCAGUUCUUAUGUGUCACUUUGGUAACACUGAUUUGUACUGUCAGGUGUUCACUGUAGCACGUCCCAAAUAAGAAAGUAAUUUAGUAAGGCUUAAUCACAUGGCACUGUGUAAAAUCAUAAAAAUGUACUGAUUUAAUGCCUUUAACUAGAAAAGUAACUGAACUAUUGUUGUAAUUCACAUUGCAUUAGUCUAGAUUUUCUUCAUUUCCAAAAGUAAAUAUUUUUAAAUAUUUUUAAAUAUUUUAAAAUGAGAGUAUAUUAUCUCAUUAUAAAUAUUAUCAGGCAAUUUAAAAAUCUUAAUUAGCAAGUAGAAACACAUCAACAUUUUUGUCGUUGGCUUACUUGGACUCUUAUUUGCAAGCAUUUGAGAUGUAGGGGUUUUUUUGCCACAUUAGUGUUUUACAAGUGGUUUGUAGUUACCUUCUGGUUCAUUAGGGUCUAUUCUUUGUCUGAUUUCUUUUUCAAGCAUAUUAUUUCUUUUUCAAUAGAAAGGACAAAAAUCAAGGACAUUUUUCUUUGCAUAUUUUCAAGGACUUAUUUCUUUUCAAAGACAAACUUCAUUAUGAAGAGUACUGGGCAAUACAUUUACCUUGUUUGGUCAGCAUCCUGAGCUGCAGCACAGGGAUGGGAGCAGAAUGUUACCCCCAUAAUCCACGGGGGAAUGGUCAGUGAGCUGCUGGAACACCUGGACACUCCCAAGCGGUGGGAUGGGAUCCACCCAAGGGUGCUGAGAGCUCGCUGGGCCACUUCCAAUCAUUUACCAGCACUUCAGGCAAACUGGGGAUGUCCCUGUUCACUGGAGGUUGGCAAAUGUGACACCCAUCUACAGGAAUGGUCAGAAAGAGGAUCCAGGGAAUUACAGGCCUGUUACGUGCCCUCAGUGCCAGGGAGGCCAUGGAGCAGGUCACCUUGAGUGCCACCAGCAACAGGGACAGGACAAGCAGGGCAUCAGGCACAGCCAGCCUGGGUUUAGGAGAGGCAGGUCCUGCCUGACCAAGUGAUCUCCUCCUCUGCCAAGGUGAGCUGCUCAGGGCUGAAGGAGAGGCUGUGGAUGUGUCUGCCUGGGCUUUACAGAGCCUUUGACACCUUCUCCCACAGCAUCUCCUGGAGGAACUGGCUGCUCAUGGACAGGGCCCUGUGCCCUGGAGAAGGAACGGGCUGAGGGCAGGGCCAGGAGCCCUGGGACAUGGCGGGACACGCGGCUGGGCUGGCACCAGGGGGGCUCCCAUGGGAUCAGGGCUGGGCCGGGCCUGUUUGGCAUCCUCACCAAAGGGGGGAUCCAGAGCUCCCUCAGGCAGUUCCUGACAGCACCAGGCUGGGUGGGAUGUGGAUCUGCUGGAGGGCAGGAGGGCCCCUGCAGAGGGCUCUGGACAGGCUGGAUCCAUGGGAUGAGGGACAGCCACGGGAAGUGCUGGGUCCUGUUCUCAGGUCACAACAACCCAUGGAGCUCCAGGCUGGGGGAAAGGGGCUGGAAAAGGCCCUGGGGGUGCUGUGCCAGCAGCUGGACCCAGCCCAGGGGUGCCCAGGUGGGCAAGAGGCCGAUGGCCCCUGGGCUGUGCCCGUUCCUGUGCUGGCCCUGCUGAGGCCGCAUCUCAAAUCCUGGGGCCUGCUCUGGGCCCCUCACACAACUUGAAAAACCAACAAGUCCAGAGAAGGAAACAAAGCUGGGGAAGGGUCUGGAGCCCCAGGAGAGGCUGAAGGAGCUGGGAAGUGGCUCAGCCUGGAGAAAAGGAGGCUCGGGGGGACCUUGUGGCUCUGCGCA